AUGCCGCCUCCCUCACACAUAACCGACCCGCUCCCUCCUCCACAACUCACCCAAGUCGCGGCGCAGGGCUUCGCCUCGGGGGCGCUACGAUUCGGCACCAUCAGCUUCGCGUCGCACUUCCUCCUGAACCGCUACACGCCGCUGUACCGCGGGCUGACGGUGCAGUACAAGGUGUUUCUGCAGAUCAGCGCGAUGAUGCUGGGCGGGUGCAUCUUCGCGGAGAAGCGCGUGGGCGAGUUCAACGAGGGGGUAAGGCGGCGGCGCAGGGCGCUGGACCGCAGUCGUCGCGCGUGGGAGGAGGAGAUGGAGAUCAGGGAGAUGGUGGAGCGGCGGAUCGCGGCCGAGGAACGGAGUCAGAAGGGCGCGGGUCAGCAGAAGGACGACAGCGUGGGCGGGAAGUAG